AUGGAUUUUGUUAGCCGUCAAAAGGGCCUCCGAUUGAAACGGUUUGAGUCUCCAAAGCCAUUGCUAUCAAAUCUCGAGCUCUGCAAUGCCUACCACACUGUCCUGGGUAGAGGAGAAAGUCUCGCACAGUACUUGGGAGAGAAUCUGUUCUGCAAUUUCUUGGAAGAAAAGUUCAGCAAUAUCCUCCGGUCCAGUCCCCACCCCCCGAAGCUAGAGUAUAAAGAACGGGCCGAUGGUCUCGGCUGGGUCGGUCUCAUACGCCACCUAGACCCCGAUCAGCUUCAGAAAAAUGGCGAUGGUAUAUAUCGCUGCAACGUCCAAGGACAUACGGUUGAGGCAUCGGAGUCUGUAUAUCAGAUGCUCAAGAGCGGCUUUCUUCAGCAGUUUAUCGGGGGAGAUAUACAAAAAGAAAGAGAAAUCACCGAGCUGUCAAUUGCAGAAGCGUCGAAGUGGUAUGACUUUGCUUUACAAGCCGUGGAGAGCUUUGGUAACCUGCUUCAGGAGUUAGAUAAAAGGUCUGAUGCGCUGCAUGCCACAUCAGGUGACAUCCCAUUUGGGAGACCUUUCACUACCGCGGAGCCUUCAACUACCCAAGGUCCUACCCCCCAGUGGGCUUGGUGCAGCUAUAACUGCUGCAAGGACAUUGUUAAUGACAUAUGUCCACAAGGACGCCCACGUACCCCGCCACAGGCAAACCAAAGUUUGGCCAGAAGGUCCUGGUCCCAGAGCCCCCAGACAGAUCAAACAUCAGGUACCUGUUCGCAUACGGAUCUAAAUAUCGCAGAGCAGUUGUGUACUACCAUUACCUCGGAGACAAAUUCUCACCACUGGUGCCCGGAAGAAGAGAAGGACAUUUCGGACCAGCUAGAUCAUAUACAGGUAUCUAAUUCGCGCUCAAGAGGGGCGACUGGUUACAAGAGAAAAAGAAGCCGAGCCAAGCGGCGGCGAAUGGCACAGUUGGCUGCUGCAACACAAAACCUUACUUUGGCGCGUAUGUAG